CAUUGUUCUUAAUUCACCUCUUUGGUCAUAUUUGCUUUUCUUGUGGCUUCAACGACUCGACAAGGGGUUCCCGACCGUUUCCCAAUUGAUAAGAAUAAACUUGUCGUCUUUUGCUGCCAACCCGCCAAGCUACCAAUCAGCUUGUCUCAAGAACCACCCGACUCAUCUGUUCUAUACUACUUCAUCCGACCUCAACAGUCGCCAUGAAUCGUCUUCUGAAGCUGACCGUCUUCUCUUUAAUCGCAUCCUCUGCGAUUGCGACCGGCACUCCGGAGCAGGUGGUAUCCGAGGCCACCGCGGUGUCCGACAAGUCCGAUUUCUACAGCGAUCUCGAGAACCUCGACAUCCACAAGGCUCUUCACCUGUUCGAGAAGUUCCGUCAUGGCGUCUUCCGCCGCGACGAAGACGCUGUGGACGUUCUCAGUGCCGAGGAUAGUUCGCUGGCCGCCCGUCUGAACCUUAAGAGGCAGAACAGCUCGGCCGCAGUCGAGCCCUCAGCCACUGCGGAACCAACCAUCUCAGCGGAGCCUACCACGGCCACGCCGACUCAGAAGACCACCGUCGAACCAACCACCACGGAGCCUACCACGACCGAGAAGCCCACAGCUUCCCCCACGACCUCGGAGAAGACUACCGAAAAGCCUACGACCAGUGAGAAACCCACUACCUCCGAGAAGCCCACUACCUCGGACAAGACCACCUCCGAGAAGACCACCGAGAAGCCCACCACCACCAAUCAACCCAAGCCUACCACCACCGACAAGACUACCAGCGAAAAGACCACCUCGGAGAAGACCACUUCGGAGCAGACCACCACCUCAGACUCCACCACCAGCAAGGGCCCAACCACCAUGCAAACCACCACCUCCGCCCCGGAGCCCACAACCACCGAACAAACAACCAAGCACACAACCCCCUACACCUCCACCUUCAAGAGCACUACCACGCUGCCCAACGGCGAGCAAAGCACCAUCACCUCCAUCACCGUCGUGCACCCCACCGAAACCGAGAUCGCCACGCCCACCGGCGCCGCCCCGGGCCUGCAAACCGACAACGCAGCCCCGACCACCGGUCUCACCCGCGAGCUCUUCGUCAUGGUCGGUGGCGCCGCCGUCGUGGCCAUGGCCCUGUAAUCGGGACAUAUGGUAUUUCUGAAAAUGUGACGUUGUUUGUUCUUUUUUUUUUUUUUCUUGUCCUCUGCAUGAAUGGCGUUUGCUUUUUCUCUUUCUUCUGAAAAUAUUCGACUCUGUUACGUUGGU